AUUAAGGCCUUCCACAAGGGAUUAAGACAGUAGUCAACUAAGGCACUCGAGAUCUCCAAAGAAAGAAACAUGAUGAUCCUAGCUUUGUUAGUGAGUGUGGCUGUUGCCCUUGACACCAGGAGUGGGAAAAAAUACGAUCUAGACGAGGCCCAACAAGCUCUCUGCAUCUCAAGCCAGGGUUACUUGUCUGGCGCUGAUUUCGACGAAGGGGAUUGCUGUUCAUUCGUUGUCUGCAACGCUGCUGAACUUAACAAAACCGGCUUCCUUGGAAAAUGCAUGGGAGGAACUGCGUACAAUGCAGAGCUCCAAGUUUGCGAUGACCCCAAGUAUGUGCCCGGAUGUAACCCAGCAGACUGCGAUGUCCCAAAGAGAACUACGGCAGAAUGCCCAGCUGAUUUACCAGAAGGAAGUUGUUGUGUUGGGGGCAGAGAGCCAGUUUACGCAGCACUUAGUGCAAAUAGUUACGCACUCCCCGAUGGCACACCACAAUUCUGCCCCGCAGGACAAGUGUUCAGCACAUCAGACUGCUGCUGCGAAUUUGAAUACGAGGUAGUCCCUGAGUGUGUUGAUGGACCAUAUGCUGCCAACCCUGACGAUGUAUGCUGUAGCUACCUUCAAUGUUUCGCUAAUGGGACUGGAUAUGUUGUCGUACAAUGUAUGCCCCCAUCCGUGUGGAAUGACGUCAACAAGACCUGUGACAUUGCAGUUAACGUCAUGGAAUGCAUGAACGAGAUGUGUGGAGUCGAAAUGACCGACCCUCCUUGUCCACCCUCUGUAGGAGACGAUCAAUGUUGUAUUGCUGGGAUUACAUAUGACGUCAUUGAUGAUACAACAUACAAGAUAGCUGGUGACGAUGUCGAGAAGACAAAUUGUUGCCCAGUCGAUGGUAUGACUGAUGUACAACUUGUUUUCAACAAGGAAGAUUGUUGCUGUGAGGCACCUUAGAAAUGUCAACUUCAUAGAUAAAUACAUUUGAUAUUAUUAAAGAACAAAUCAAAAA